CAGAGCUUCGUACGGUCACUGUGCGAGGUCUUCAAUAUCAAUUCGGAAUUUUCUCGUUGCUGUUGUCCUGCCGACCACGUGCUAGAUCAGAACAGAGAGAAUUAGAGAAUACGUGUAUAUAUAUAUUAUUACAAAAUUUUAUUAAAAAUGAAUACGUAUUGGAAUAUGCUUUAUUUGGAGCAUCCGCCGUAUGCAACAUGGUCUAUUAAAUCAUCAUCUGUGAAGGAAGCAGGUGUAAAUAUAGAUGUAUGUAAAUUUGUGCUUGACUUGGCAAUUUUUGACCUAGAAUCAAUGGACAUUCUUCAUAAAGAAGCUGCAGCAUUAAGUCGCUUAAUAUAUCGAAUGAAGAACAAAUUUCGUAAUGAUAAAGGGUUAAGAAGCAUGGUUGCAUUGAAUAAAGCAUUGAUUAAUUAUCAUAAUAUGGCUUUGCUGAAGGAAUAUAAAGACUUGCGAUCUAUUAUUGAAAUGGAAGAUGGAAUUCACAUAUUACCGAGUAAACAAAUGCUAGAAUAUGUACUCGUGAGAACACAAGGCUUUGCAAAGCUUAUGUGUAAAAUAGAAAAUACAGCAAAAUAUGCUGCACAUUUCUUAAAAGCACGAAUAAACUUGGGUCAUGCAUGGAGUAUUGCUUUAAUCGCUUAUGCUACUGUGAGCAGGAUUUGGUUUUGCUCAAGACAUACGCUUAAGAAAUGUUGUAACUGGUACGACAGACUGUAUAUUUGUUCAAAGAACUUUAAGCAUGUUGGUCUACCUUGGAUUCCAAAGAAUCAAAGCUUACCAUGCAAUUUGAGAUUAUGGCUCUCUUUAGACUGGUUAAAUGUAGAUAUGAGCAUGCAUGACACAACUGAGGAAAAAAUAUUUGAUCAAUUCACGGCAAAAGCAUCGGAUAAUACAAAUGAAAUAAAUUUCAAUGCAUCUAACAAGUUUAAAAUUGAUUUCCUAAAACUAUCACAAGAAAAUGCUUCAACCCAUAAUGUAUCAAGCGAAGAAUCAGACGAUGAUGAUAUAAAUGAUAUUGGAGAAGUAAUAGCUCGAGGGACUUUUGAGAAAAGUCUUCCAAAAGUACUACCUAAUACUGAAAAUCCUCUAUCAAGGAAGCGUAAACAUGUGAACAUUAACAAUGAAGAGAAAACAAUGAGAAAACGAAGAAUUAAAUAAAAAGAAAAUAAAAAAGGGAAUCAAUAAGUGAUAUCAAAACUGAAAACCAAAUCAAAGAAAUCGAGAUUGAUUCAGUUUAAGUACAUUUUUUAUAUAUAAGACUGUUAUACUCAUUAAAAUGUGAUAUAUAUGAAUUAAACUGUGAUAAAAUAGAUAUGUAUAUCAUAUUGUGAUAUAUAUAUUUAGUCAAAAAAAUAAUCUUAUAAAUGUAAGUUGAGAUUGUAUUUUUAAUAAACAUGUCUUUA